GAAGCAUUGCUGUAUUUUACCAGACAGGAAUACAGAGUCACAGUGUACACUCUGUGGUGAGCCUGAAGAGGAAGACGGUGGUGAUCUCCUCAAGACGGGGAUCAGUUUUCCAGGGACACCAGAGGAAGAGCUAGACCAGCCAUACUCAUGGUCUCCUCAGCACUUCGAUGAGGAAGCAUACUCCCCUGUUUCAAGGAACAUGAAAGGAUUAUCUGGCAGUCGUAAUCAAUCACAGCUAUGUUCUGCUCAUACUUGUGGUUUAGCAUCCCCUGAAGAUUGUGAACACUCCCACGAUCAUAUUCAUCAUGGCCAGGAAUCAAGGCAAUCAUAUCUUCUCAGCCCAACGGAGAGCUGCCCGAUGGACCAUCAUCGCUGCUCACCACGAAGCUCUAUCCAUUCAGAAUGCAUGAUGAUGCCCAUGGUUAUGGGCGAUCAUAUGUCCAGUAGCACUUUCCCCAGAAUGCACUACACCUCACAUUACGAUACUAGGGACGAUUGCACCAUGUCUCACGCUAACCCUAAGAUUAACAGGAUCCCUGCAAAUCUGCUGGAUCAGUUUGAGAAACAGCUUCCUCUCCACAGGGAUGGCUUUCAUACUUUACAGUACCAGAGGACCUCAACAGCUGCUGAACAACGCAGUGAAAGCCCAGGAAGAAUACGCCACCUUGUUCAUUCAGUCCAAAAACUUUUCACAAAAUCUCAUUCUUUGGAAGGAUCUUCCAAGAGCAACGUAAAUGGGACAAAGGGAGAUGGUCGAGGAGAUGACCAUCAUCACGGACAUCAUUCUAAACAUAGCAAAAGAAGUAAAAGUAAAGAGCGGAAACCUGAGAGUAAGCAUAAAACUGGAAUGAGCAGUUGGUGGAGCUCUGAUGAUAAUUUGGACAGUGAUAGCACUUAUCGAACGCCAAGUGUUGUAAACAGGCAUCACGUGGACCAUAUUUCUCAUUGCUAUCCUGAAGCUCUUCAGGGACAUUUUGGGGAUCUCUCAUUAAAGACUUCAAAAAGUAACAAUGAUGUGAAAUGUUCAGCUUGUGAAGGGCUUGCAAUGGCCCCUGAUGGCAAAUACAUGAAAAGGAGUUCUUGGUCUACGCUUACAGUAAGCCAGGCUAAAGAAGCUUAUCGCAAGUCAUCCCUUAACUUAGAAAAGCCUCUAGUUCAUCAGGAAAUCAAACCUUCCCUGAGGCCAUGCCAUUACCUUCAGGUACCUCAAGAUGAAUGGGGAGGGUACCCUGCUGGUGGUAAAGAUGAGGAGAUUCCCUGCAGAAGGAUGAGAAGUGGAAGUUAUAUUAAAGCCAUGGGAGAUGAGGAGAGUGGAGAUUCCGACACUAGCCCCAAAACAUCACCAAAGGUAGCAGUCCAUCCAGAGUCAUUGUUAAAAUCUAUUGGACAAAGAGCUCUUGGAGACCACCAAAAUCAGAGCUACCUACAAACUGCAAGUGAUGUGCCUGGUGGUCACAACUUGGAUCCGUCAGCAAACUACAAUUCUCCCAAGUUCCGAUCAAGGAAUCAGAGCUAUAUGAGAGCAGUGAGCACACUCAGUCAGGCCAGCUGCAUCAGCCAGAUGAGUGAAGCAGAGGUCAAUGGGCAAUUUGAAUCUGUUUGUGAAUCAGUGUUUAGUGAAGUUGAAGCUCAGGCCAUGGAUGCCCUCGACCUGCCAGGUUGUUUCCGAACUAGAAGCCACAGUUACUUGCGUGCCAUUCAGGCGGGCUACUCUCAAGAUGAUGAAUGUAUCCCUGCAAUGGCAUCUUCCAAUAUCACCUCAACAAUCAGGUCAACAACAGCGGUAACUUACACAAGUUACAAAAAAACACCACCACCGGUACCCCCUCGGACCACCUCUAAACCACUCAUCUCAAUUACAGCACAGAGCAGCACAGAAUCAACCCAGGAUGCCUAUCACGAUAGCCGGACUCAGAGGAUUUCCCCCUGGCCCCAAGACGGUCGAGGGAUGUACAACUCGACGGACAGUUUGGAUAGUAACAAGGCCAUGAACCUUGCCAUGGAAACUGCAGCUGCACAACGUCACGGGCCUGAGAUCCAUGGCACCUCAGUACGAACCAGCGACAAGGCCAUCCUUGUCUCAAAAGCUGAGGAGUUCCUUAAGAGCCGGCGUUCAUCGAUAGGGAUUCAGGUGGAAACAGCAGCUGACUCAGAUACCGAGAGCAGAGGCCUACGGGAAUACCACUCAGUUGGAGUGCAAGUGGAAGAUGAUAAACGACAUGGACGGUUUAAGCGCUCAAAUAGUGUAACAGCAGCAGUUCAAGCUGACCUAGAACUUGAAGGCUUUCCGGGACACAUAACAAUGGAGGAUAAGGGACUUCAGUUUGGUGGCUCUUUCCAGCGGCAUUCGGAACCUAGCACCCCUACUCAAUAUGGUGCAGUAAGAACUGUACGGACACAGGGGCUGUUUAGUUACAGAGAAGAUUAUAGGACCCAAGUAGACACCUCUAAUCUCCCUCCACCUGAACCUUGGUUGGAACCUGCCAUCGAGACAGUUGAAACCGGACGAAUGUCUCCUUGUCGACGGGAUGGGUCUUGGUUUAUGAAGUUGCUACAUACUGAAACGAAGAGGAUGGAAGGAUGGUGUAAAGAGAUGGAGAGAGAAGCAGAAGAAAAUGAUCUUUCUGAAGAAAUUCUAGGUAAGAUCCGGAGUGCUGUAGGAAGUGCUCAGCUCCUCAUGUCUCAAAAAUUCCAGCAGUUCUAUUGGCUAUGUCAGCAGAAUCUGGAUCCCAGUGCUAUGCCAAGGCCAACUUCACAGGAUCUAGCUGGAUUCUGGGACUUGUUACAGCUUUCAAUUGAAGAUGUCAGUAUGAAGUUUGAUGAACUGCACCAACUGAAACUGAAUGAAUGGAAAAUAAUAGAAUCACCUGAAAGGAAGGAAGAAAGAAAGGUUCCUCCUCCUGUACCAAAGAAGCCCCCAAAAGGAAAAUUCCCUAUUACACGAGAGAAGUCUCUAGACCUGCCUGACAGACAGCGUCAAGAAGCUCGAAGACGGCUCAUGGCUGCUAAGAGGGCAGCCUCUUUCCGGCAGAAUUCAGCCACAGAGCGUGCAGACAGCAUUGAGAUCUAUAUCCCAGAGGCCCAAACAAGGCUUUAAGGACUAGAACGUUGCGUAGUUUUUCCAUCUUUUUUAAAAAAGACAAAACAAAAGCAAAAUGCUUGUACAGUUUGUCUCUUCCCUGCUCUCUUUUUUUUGGGGGGGUCACACUUCUCCCACUCAGUGGCCCUUGGUGUCAUGUCCUUUGUGCUAUGUGCACAGUGGAAUGCUUUUAAUUUCCUCAGAAUUUGCUGAGCCUGUUGCAAGAACUACUAUUUUUUUCUUUCUCUCUCUCUCUUUUUCUUUUUUUUGGUGUGUUUAUUAUUAGACUAAACAAUCAGCUACAAAGGAUAGGGCUUGUUGAGACCUUACAUGUCCAAUAUGUUCUCAGAGGACAACGAGAAACACCUCUUGAGAUGGAACCCAGCUUACUUUGUUUUGUUUUGUUAUUUAUAUUUUUAUAAAUUAUGUGAUAUCUAGGGAUAAGAAUCACAAAACGUUCCAAUGGGUGCAUCUCACCAUUCUCCAGAGGCAUUAGCUAUUCCAAGUAGAAGGUGCUACAAAUGUAAAGUGCAAGAAAGAAAGAAAGAAAAAGAAAGAAAGAACCCAUUUCUCUCUCUUUUCCCCUCGCCCCCUUGCCUUGUACCUGGCUAAAGUUUCUGCCCAUGUGCUGCUUCAUUCUGCUCAUCUUUGUUACUGCAAAAUAACACUAAGCCUAUCAUCUCAUGUUGAGUUGAGUUUUUGGAGAUGAACAGGGAUAUCCAGCCAUUAACCUCCAAAGUUCAUCAGGAACAAAGAAGCGUGGAAAUGUUUUCAUCCUGGGAAAGUCCAGCCCUGAGAGAAAAGUAUGUGUGGAGAAGCGUCCAGACAUCAGAAGGAGGAAUGCAAAAAGAGCAGGACUUGAGUCAAAAGGAAAAGGGAAGCCUUAAGAAUUUAGAUCUUCUGUAGCAAGAUGUGAAAAUUUCAGUUUUGCUCCUUUGGAACAUUCACUAUAUUUUAACCUGUUAUUUUAUGUUGUAUCUUUUUUGUUUCCCAACAUGAUUUUUUUUAAAUUCAAAAGCGAUGCUACAUGACAUGUAAUAUUUGAAGUCUCAAAAUGCUAUAUCAAUUGAGUUUCCAGGGUAUCCUUUAAAACAAAAUACAAAAAAAACCUUUGCCUGUUUAAAAUGCCAGUUGUGAUGUUGUAACCAGUUUAAGAAAUAUGAAUGUGAGUGGUAAGUAUAUCUCAGUUUUAACGGUAAUCUUAAGGUUAAAAGGUGAACUGUGGUUUACAUUUGUAUUUUUUUCCAGAAUUCUUUUUUCCUAUGCAGUAUUAGCGACAAAUAAGGAAAAGUCUCUUGAUUGUUUCAGACUUAAAGAAUACAAUUUCAAGAGGUGUGUGACUUCUAGCUAUAGAAAGUAAAGAAAGAAGUGUGUUAUCAAGUCAUUGAUAAACACUGAGGCACAAGCUAGAAACAAAUUGCUCGGGAAUGAAAGAAACUUUAUAUUAGCAUUAUUCUACUGUAUCUACCUUCUCAAAGGUUAUGAUCCUAGUUUUUGAAUGUUUUCAGGUGAGGACACAAGAAAACAUAUCCCACAGAUACUGAAAUGAGGAUUUGGUGUAAUUCAGAAACAUCAAAACUGAAUGAAAUCCAUGAGACAGCUUUCUGUUACCAGUCUUAUUUGAACAUUAUGUAUUUAGCCAUAGGCAGAACAGCUACUUAAACUAUACUAUAGCACUUUGGUUCUUCGCUUUGAUGAGCACUUUAAAUAUGUAACUUUGCAAAGCCCUUCAGCCUGUCAUAUGACUGAAAAUGCUAGAAGUUAUAGGAGGUUAAAGCAGAUCUGACAAAGGGUUUUUUUCAUCCUCUCCUCUUUUUCCUCCAGUGUAUUUUGUUAAGCAUGCAUUCUUAUUUUAGGGCAAAGCUGAUAUAAGCAUGUUUAGCUUCAAGAUAUGAAUCUUUAGAGUUGAAUGUUUGAGAAAGGAGGGAACACUGUUAAUAGAGCCUGAUCUCUUAUGUAGAUUUUACCAAAUAGCCUUAAACUGAAUUUGGAAGCAAAAAACCAAGAGGAAUGUAUAUCACUAAAAAUGCAAAAAAAAUUUACAAUAAUCUUAAACGAUUCUUCUAUAAAGAUUAGGAUAUUCCCUUCUCUGGAGUGUUCA